AUGCUUACGCUGAUAACGUUUAUUAUUACAAAAUAUAUUAGAAGCAAUUGUUUUUCCAGGUAUCAGCGAAAUAAGGUAAACCAGCUUAAGUUUUUACAGUUAUUACUAAUUUAUGAAUUUUAAAUUUCCAUAUCAUCGUUGAUGUCGUCUUUUGUCAUCGUUGAUGAUUUAUAGUCUACGGUUGUUGGUCGUGGUUGUCCUAAGAAGAUUUUGUUGUUUUUUUUUUAAUUUUUCUUAACAUCAACAUCAGUGUUGAGAAGCGUUUCUAGUUUAUAUAAUUUGUAAUCGUUUGUUUGUAUUCGCGUUAUCGUUAUGCGUGCACUGACUGUUUUUAGUUUAUUAUAUAUAACAUAUGGCUUAUUUUAAAUUUACACUUUUGAAAAAAUGAAAAGAGUGGAAAAUCAGUAUGCACCAUUGUUUCGAUGUGAAUUAAUUUGCUAUAUUGCUAUUUGGGCUUCAGGCAUAAUUUAUGUUACCUAUAAUAUAUUAGAUAUUAGUUCCAAUAUAAAGAAUUCAGAAAUACCUGAUUUGAUACCUGGAUGGUCAUGGCUUGGACGAAAUAAAGAUACUUGUCCAGAGUGGAGAAUAUGGACUGCAUUUAUAAUAUAUUCAUUAGGUCCAUGGAUUAUUUUACAUUCAUCAGUAUUAUUAUUAAUUCAAAACUAUUUUAUAAAGGUAACAACAUUGCGUGAUGUAUGGCUUAUUACUGUCACAAGUUUAUGUAUAGCUUAUAAUUUUAGUUCAUUAUCAGUUUUAUUAUUUAUUGGUUUAACUGUUAUUUAUUAUUAUAUAUUAUUAUUUGGUAAUCAAUUAUUUAUUUGGAUUACAAGUAUAUUACUAUUAGGAUUUUGGUCAUACAAUGACUCUUUAUUUGAUAUUAUUGACCCAAAUUCUGAUGGAGAAAUAGCAUAUCUGUUAUUGUUAACACUGUACUGGCAUCAAUUACGUUGUUUAAGUUUUUCACUUAGUUCAUUGAAUAAAGCUAAAAAUAAAAUGUUGCCAACAUUUUUGCACUUUUUAGCAUAUUCAUUUUAUCUACCAUGUUUUUUCUUUGGACCCAUUGUUAUAUAUACUAAAUUAAAAGAUACAUGUAUUACUACAAACAAAACAUGUUUGCGUCAACGUCUUAUUACACUAAUAAUAAAUUUGAUCAGAUAUUUUUUUUGGAUGUUUGUUGUAGAGUUCAUACUGCACUAUGUUUACAUUAAUAUGUUUUUACAAAAUAUUAAAGUUUUUAAAAAUUUAGGAAUUACUGCACUUAGUGGGUUUGGCUUUGGAAUGGGACAAUUUUUUUUCAUUAAAUAUACAUUUAUAUAUGGCACAGUGAUUACAGUUGCUCGCUUUGAUGAAUAUUUUGAACCUCCAAAGCCACCUAAAUGCAUUUCACGAAUUUAUUUGUAUUCAGAUAUGUGGAGAAGUUUUGAUCGAGGACUUUAUAAUUUUUUAAAAGAAUAUAUAUACAGACCAUCUGGUUGUCAUUCAGAAAAUGCGAGUCUUCGAACUAAAUUAGUGAGGUCAUUUAUGUGCUUUGCAUUUAUAUUUAUUUGGCAUGGGUUAUCAUGGGAAGUUUUCCUGUGGACUCUUUUCAACUAUGUUGGUAUUACACUGGAAACUUUAGCAAGAGUUUUUGGAAAAUCGUCUUAUUAUUUACGUUAUAUUAAAUUCUAUCUCAGUGGUUCUAAUGAGAGACGAUUUUUAGCACUUAUAACCAGUCCCCUAACAAUGUUAUCAGCUAUUUCAAAUUUCUUCUUUUUUGGCGGUAUUGAUGCUGGAAUUAGUUUUUUUGAAGCAAUAUUUCUAUUAAAUACGUGGAUUGAAAACACUAUUAUUAUUAUAAUAUUUUAUUCAAUGUGUCAAAUAUCAAUGGAGUUUAAUCAUUAUAAAAAAACAAAACAACAAUAAAUUAAUGAAGUAAUAUUUCUCAUUAUGGUACAUACUUUUAUAUUAUUCACAUAAACAGUAUAAUUUUAUGUACAUAAUAAC